AUGUCCACCAUCAAAGUCGCAAUUGCCACAAACUCGCUUGGAAAGUCAGCCGCCGGACAUACAAUUCAUCGCAAAUUACAAGCCGCCAAAGCACACGGAUUUGACGGUCUCGAAGUGGCCUUUGAGUGUCUUGAGGCUCAUGCCGCAACUUAUAUUUUACAUCAAUCCCGAAAUGACCGUCUUCUUGCAGCUGCUGGAGACAUAUACAAACUUGCAACAUCUUUAGGCCUUGAACUGAUCGCUUUAAAUCCGUUCGGCGCGUAUGAUGGCCUCAAGGACCCCCACGAUGUUGAGAUCCGGCUUCAAGAGGCUGAGCUAUGGUGCCAACUUUGCCAAGUUAUGCAUAUUCGUAUUUUUCAGAUAUGCACCGCACUUUACGGAAUUGACGAAACCAAAAUUACUGAUGACCCAACAGUCAUCGCGAGGAAUAUGCGCACGUUAGGUCAUUUAGCCCAGCAUUAUAACCUUCGUGUGGCUUACGAAGCCCCCUCUUGGGGUAUCCACAACAACACCUGGCAACAGGUCCAAAGAAUCCUUGAUUUUGUCAACAUGCCGAGCGUUGGUCACUGUUUAGACACAUUCCAUAUUGCGUCCAAAGUAGCCGGUGAUCCUUUUAACUCCAAAUCCCCAAUCCGAAAUGAUGGGCACCGAGACCUCCAAAGUAGUCUCGAGGAGCUGCGACGCACGAUAAAACCAGAGAAUAUUGUAUAUUUUCAACUGAGCGAUGCGACCGUGGCAGAUCCAGAUCAGGACGGUUAUCCCCGGCGAGAUAUUAAGCAACCAUCGUUCAUGACACAGUCCCGCAAUUGCCGGAUUUAUCCUUGCGAAGAGCACAAGGGAGGUUGUCUACCCGUUAUAGAUAUAGCUAAAGCUGUAUUUGAUCUGGGAUAUUCAGGUUGGGUGUCGAUGGAAGUCUUUCAUACCGAUAUGUGGGACCAGCGGAGCUCGUGA